GCUGUCCUGGGAGCGAGGAGGCUGUGGUGAGAGACGGACGGAGACCGGAGAUGUUUUCAAGCCCGGCCUCCGCGGCGUUCGUGGCGGUUGCAGCGGCGACGAAGACAACGAUAGCGACGGCAACACCGAGGCACUCGUUCAGGGGGUAAACCCUCCUGCACCGAUCGUGCCUCGGGUCCGUGAGGGUGAGGGGGGCGUGGCGACUGGCGAGGAGGAAGGAGGGGCGCGGUUUCGAGCCCCGUCCCCGGCGCUUGGGAGGAGAUCCCCUCAGUUCUGCGCUGCUCCCGUCCCCCCUCUCCAGAGCAAGAUCCAGGAUGAGAAGACUGAUAAAAGAAGAAGCUAGCUGAACAGCUAUAAGAUGCCCAAAUCUGGGUUCACAAAACCAGUUCAGAGUGAAAAUUCUGACAGUGACAGCAAUAUGGUAGAAAAACCAUAUGGAAGAAAGAGUAAAGACAAGAUUGCAUCAUAUAGUAAAACUCCAAAAAUUGACCGAAGUGAUGUGGGCAAGGAGAUGAAAGAGAAAUCAUCCAUGAAACGUAAACUUCCUUUUACCAUUAGCCCAUCAAGAAAUGAAGAACGAGAUUCAGACACAGAUUCAGAUCCAGGACAUACAAGUGAAAAUUGGGGGGAGAGACUUAUAUCUUCUUACAGGACAUACUCAGAGAAAGAAGGUCCAGAAAAGAAGAAAACAAAAAAGGAAGCUGGAAAUAAGAAGUCCACACCAGUUAGCAUUCUUUUUGGUUAUCCACUCUCUGAGCGGAAGCAGAUGGCACUUCUUAUGCAGAUGACGGCAAGAGACAACAGUCCAGAUUCUACACCAAAUCAUCCAUCACAAACAACACCAGCCCAGAAGAAAACUCCCAGUUCCUCAUCUCGACAAAAAGAUAAAGUUAAUAAAAGAAAUGAACGUGGUGAAACUCCUUUACACAUGGCAGCUAUUCGAGGAGAUGUGAAACAAGUCAAAGAAUUAAUAAGUUUAGGGGCAAAUGUGAAUGUGAAAGAUUUUGCAGGCUGGACACCACUGCAUGAAGCUUGCAACGUUGGAUAUUACGAUGUUGCUAAGAUACUUAUAGCAGCUGGAGCAGAUGUUAACACACAAGGAUUAGAUGAUGACACUCCACUCCAUGAUUCUGCUAGCAGUGGGCACAGAGAUAUAGUGAAACUGUUACUUCGUCAUGGUGGAAAUCCAUUUCAAGCUAAUAAACACGGGGAGCGUCCAGUGGAUGUAGCAGAGACAGAGGAGUUGGAAUUGCUGCUAAAAAGAGAGGUGCCUUUAUCUGAUGAUGAUGAAAGUUACACAGAUUCUGAAGAGGCUCGGUCUGUAAAUCCUUCCAGUGUUGAUGAAAAUAUUGACUCUGAGACAGAGAAAGACUCUCUCAUCUGUGAAAGUAAACAGAUAAUUCCCAGUAAAGCACCUCUUCCAUCUGCUCUUGAUGAAUAUGAGUUCAAAGAUGAUGAUGAUGAAGAAAUAAAUAAAAUGAUUGAUGACAGACAUAUUCUUAGGAAAGAGCUACGAAAAGAGAAUGAAGCUGAAGUAGAAAAGAAUAGUUUAUUUACAAAACAGGAGAAAGCUUUCUAUCCUAAAUCAUUUAAAAGUAAAAAACAAAAACCAUCUAGAGUUUUAUAUUCAAGUUCUGAAAGUUCAGAUGAAGAAAUUCUUCAGAAUAAAAAGGUUUCUGCUCCAUGUUCUCUCCCUGAAACAUCAAAUUCUGAUACACAAACCAAAAAGGAAUAUGGAGUUUCAAAUGAACACAAACAGAAAGGCAAAGUUAAAAGAAAAUUAAAGAACCAGAACAAAAAUAAAGAGAACCAAGAGUUGAAGCAAGAAAAAGAGGGGAAAGAAAAUACCAGAGUAACAAAUUUGACAGUUAAUACUGCACUAGAUUGCUCAGAAAAGACCAGAGAGGAGGGGAAUUUUAGAAAAUCUUUUAGCCCCAAAGAUGAUACUUCGUUACAUUUAUUUCAUAUCUCCACAGGUAAAUCUCCUAAGCAUUCUUGUGGACUUAGUGAAAAGCAGUCAACACCACUAAAACAAGAACAUACUAAAACAUGUUUAUCACCAGGAAGUUCUGAAAUGUCAUUACAGCCUGAUCUUGUUCGGUAUGAUAACACGGAAUCUGAAUUCUUGCCAGAAAGUUCAAGUGUAAAAUCUUGUAAGCAUAAGGAAAAAAGUAAACAUCAGAAAGAUUUCCACUUAGAAUUUGGUGAAAAGUCAAAUGCCAAAGUAAAGGAUGAAGAUCAUAGUCCAACAUUCGAAAAUUCAGAUUGCACACUGAAAAAAAUGGAUAAAGAGGGUAAAACGUUAAAAAAGCAUAAAUUGAAGCAUAAAGAGAGAGAAAAAGAAAAGCAUAAAAAAGAAAUUGAAGGUGAAAAGGAAAAAUACAAAAAUAGAGACAGUGCUAAAGAGCUGCAGCGGAGUGUAGAAUUUGAUAGAGAAUUUUGGAAAGAGAAUUUUUUUAAAAGUGAUGAGACUGAAGAUCUGUUUUUAAAUAUGGAACAUGAGUCCUUAACAGAAAAAAAAUCAAAAUUGGAAAAAAAUAUAAAAGAUGAUAAAUCAACCAAGGAAAAGUAUGUUUCAAAAGAGAGGAAUUUUAAAGAAGAACGAGAGAAGAUUAAAAAGGAAAGUGAGAAAUCUUUCAGGGAAGAAAAAAUAAAAGAUUUGAAAGAAGAAAGAGAGAACAUACCGAUAGAUAAAGAAACAGAAUGCAGUUCUUUAGGAACAAAUGCCAGUGAAGAAUCUAUAGGAUUACACUCAAUGGAAAAGGAAGCAGAGAUGGAAAAACAAGAAAAACAUAUAAAAGAAAGUAAGGAAAAAUCUGAGAGGCGGUUUCAAACUAAAGAAAAGGAUGUUGAGAAGACUGAAAGAAAAAAUUCUGAAAAAGAAAAGAAAACCAAACAUGAGCAUAAGUCAGAGAAAGACAAGUUAGAUCUUAGUGACUGUAUUGAUAGAAUAAAAGAAAAAGACAAGCUGUAUUCACAUCACACCGAGAGGUGCCAUAAAGAAGGCGAGAAGAUAAAAAAUACCACCACCGUGAAAAAAACUGAAGAUAGAGAGAAAAGUAGAGAAAAAAUGGAUAGAAAACAUGACAAAGAAAAACCUGAAAAAGAGAGGCAUCUAGCAGAAAACAAAGAAAAGCACUUGAUAGAAAAAAAAAACAAACAAGCAGACAAUAGUGACUAUGCUAAAUCAGAAAAAAGCAAAAAUAAAGACAGGGAGGUAGAUAAAAAGGAAAAAUCUAGAGAUAAGGAAGGCGUAAAUAUAACUAUUUCCAAACACUUCCAGGAAGAGAAAAAGUCAAGUAUAGCAGACAGUAGUAAAGCACAACAUGAAAAAACUUUAUCCCUUAAAGAAAAAACAAAAGAUGAACCUUUGAAAACCCCAGAUGGAAAAGAAAAAGAUAAAAAAGAUAAAGAUAUAGACAGAUACAAAGAACGAGACAAGCAUAAGGAUAAAAUUCAACUAAAUAGUUUACUCAAACUAAAAUCUGAAGCAGAUAAGCCUAAACUUAAGUCAUCACCAGCCUCAAAAGAUACUCGACCUAAAGAAAAGAGGUUAGUGAACGAUGAUUUAAUGCAGACAAGUUUUGAACGAAUGCUAAGCCUUAAAGACCUAGAAAUAGAGCAGUGGCACAAAAAACAUAAGGAAAAAAUUAAGCAAAAAGAAAAGGAGCGGUUGAGAAAUCGUAAUUGUUUAGAACUUAAAGUAAAAGAGAAAGAAAAAACAAAGCACGUACUAGCUGAGUCCAAAAAUAAAGAACUUACUAGGUCAAAGAGUUCAGAGUUGACUGAUGCUUAUACCAAGGAGAAGCAGUCUAAAGAUGCUAUAAGUGGCAGAUCACAAUCUGUUGAUGCCAAAAAUAUAACAAAUUUAGGGAAAUCAUCUUUUGUUUCAGAUAAUAGCUUAAACAGAUCUCCUAGAUCAGAAAGUGAAAAGCCAGGUCUCAGCUCCAGAUCAGUAUCCAUGAUUUCAGUUGCUAGCUCAGAAGAUUCCUGCCAUACUACAGUGACGACCCCCAGGCCCCCAGUUGAGUAUGACUCUGACUUUAUGUUAGAGGGUUCGGAUUCCCAAAUGUCCUUUUCCCAGUCACCUUUUUUGCCAGUUGCCAAAUCUCCUGCCCUUCAUGAAAGGGAAUUAGAUAGCUUGGCUGAACUUCCAGAGAGGAUUAAACCACCAUAUACAAGCAGACUUCCAACAUCCCAUCUCCGAUCAUCUUCGGUGGAAGAUGUUAAACUAGUUAUAAAUGAGGGGAGACCAACCAUAGAAGUUCGAAGAUGUAGCAUGCCAUCUGUCAUUUGUGAACAUACAAAACAAUUCCAAACAAUAUCAGAAGAAAGCAGUCAAGGUGGCUUAGCUGUGCCAAGAGAUAUUUGUCCUUCUCCCAAAUCCGAGGUGUCCUCAAAUGUGCCUGAAAGAGAACUUUCAAAUGUGUCUAACAUACAUUCUAGUUUGGCAGCCUCUCCAACUAGAUCUGUAAGCAGCAAGUAUAUUUCAGCUGAUAUAAAUGUUAUCAAGAGUACUGCUCCAGUGGGUGCUUUAAUGGACAGUCCUGUACAUUCAGAGCCAUCUAAUCAGGUUGGUGUGAUCCAAAAUAAAUCAUGGGAGGUACCUGUUGACAGACUGGAGUCAUUAAGCACCAGUGACUUGAUCUGCCCAAAUUCUAGUACACCUGAUCAAGAUUCUUCUGUUCAGGGUUUUUGUAAUUCUGAAAACAAAAUAUUGAAAGAACAGAACACUGAUUUUUUAUCCCUGCACCAGGCUGAGCUGCCAGGAAACUCUUGUGCUCAGGACCCAGCGUCCUUUCUGCCUUCACAACAACCUUGCUCUUUCCACAGCCAAUCACUUUCAGAUGCUGAAUCUAUUUCUAAACAUAUGUCUAUGUCCUAUAUUGCCAAUCAAGAGCCGGGUAUUUUACAGCAGAAAAAUGUCAUUCAAAUUAUCAAUUCUGUUUUAGAUACUGAUAAUGAAUCUGCGAAAGAGAUGGAGAAUACUUUUGUCCUAUCAGAUGUUCAAAAGACAGAUGCCUUUGUCCCAGUGUACUCUGAAAGCACUGUUCAAGAAGCAUCACCAAAUUUUGAAAAGGCUAAUACUUUGCCUGUAUUACCAUCAGAAAAAGACUUUAGUGGAAGCGAUGCCUCUUCCCAGCUAAAUACACAUUACACAUUUAGCAAACUAAUAUAUAAGUCUUCCAGUGGCCAUGAGGUUGAAAAUAGCACUUCUGAAUUUCAGGUUAUUUCACAUGAAAAAGAAAACAAACUGGAGAGUUUGGUUUUAACUCAUUUGAGUGAUAAAUGUGAUUCUGAUUUAUGUGAAAUGAGUACAGGGAUGCCAAAAGGAAAUCUGAAUGAACAAGAUAAUCCAAAACAUUGCCCUGAAGGGGAAAAGUGUUUGCUUUCCAUUGAAGAUGAAGAAUCACAACAAAGCACUUUAUCAAGUCUGGAAAACCAUUUACAACAGUCAUCUCAACCAGAGAUGCAUAAAUAUGGUCAAGUAGGUAAAGUAGAAUUAGAAGAAAAUGCUGAAGAUGAUAAAACUGAAAACCAAGUUCCUCAAAGGAUGACUAGAAACAAAGCAAGUACAGUGGCAAAUCAAAGCAAACAGAUUCUUGCUAGCUGUACGCUGCUACCAGAAAAAGACAGCGAAUCUUCAUCUCCUAGAGGAAGAAUAAGAUUGACUGAAGAAGAUGAUCCUCAGAUUCACCACCCACGGAAAAGGAAAGUGUCACGGGUACCUCAGCCUGUGCAAGUGAGUCCCUCUUUACUACAGGCAAAAGAGAAAACUCAGCAGUCUCUCGCAGCCAUCGUAGAUUCUCUGAAACUAGAUGAGAUUCAGCCGUACAGUUCAGAGAGAGCAAAUCCGUAUUUCGAAUACUUGCACAUACGGAAAAAAAUUGAGGAAAAGCGCAAAUUGUUAUGUAGUGUUAUUCCUCAAGCGCCUCAGUAUUACGAUGAAUAUGUGACAUUUAAUGGAUCGUAUCUCCUGGAUGGAAACCCCUUAAGCAAGAUUUGCAUUCCCACAAUUACACCACCACCUUCACUGUCAGAUCCACUUAAAGAGCUUUUUCGGCAACAGGAAGUUGUAAGAAUGAAACUACGUUUGCAACACAGUAUUGAAAGGGAAAAACUCAUUGUAUCCAAUGAACAGGAAGUUCUACGAGUUCAUUACAGAGCUGCAAGAACAUUGGCAAAUCAAACACUGCCAUUUAGCGCAUGCACUGUGUUACUGGACGCAGAAGUGUACAGUGUGCCACUGGACGCUCAGUCUGAUGACAGUAAAACUUCUGUGAGGGAUCGCUUUAAUGCAAGACAGUUCAUGUCUUGGUUACAAGAUGUGGAUGAUAAAUUUGACAAAUUAAAGACCUGUCUUUUAAUGAGGCAACAACAUGAAGCUGCAGCUUUAAACGCCGUCCAGAGGUUAGAAUGGCAGCUCAAACUCCAGGAACUUGAUCCUGCCACCUAUAAAUCUAUCAGCAUUUAUGAAAUCCAGGAGUUUUAUGUUCCCCUUGUCGACGUUAAUGAUGACUUUGAAUUGACUCCUAUAUAGCGGCCAUUCCUUCCGGUGUUUUCAUCUUAAACUCAUGCAGCUCGAGAGUAUUAAACUGUGGAACACUGCCUUUUGAGAAAAAUACUGCUAUUAUGCCUUUACGGUUGUUAGUAAAGUUUGACUAAAGUUGGUUAUGUAGUAAACACUGUCAUUUUAUAAAAAAAUGAAAAAAAUUAUUUUGGAUCCUAGAUCCAAACAGUUUCUAACUGAAAUCUCUUAUUUAUGUUGGUGAGAGGUAACUAUUGCAUUAGAGCAUGUUGGCAGACUGGUAGGUAUUUUAAAAGCUGAGAAUCUGCUAACAGCACUGGAAGUUGUUAGCAGUCUUAAGUAACAAGAUAACCACUAGUAUUCAAAUCUUUCAAGUUUUAUUGGAAUAUAUUGGUAAACUUAAAGGUUCAAUUCCUACCAAAUAGUUUCUAAUGUGGAAGAAAAACUUGGCACAAAAUUUCUUCAGUUUAUUUUAUCUGUAAAUUAAUUGUACAGUUUUCUUUUCAAAAGUUUCAAUAUUGUCUUCCUUUUUAAUAACUUAUUUUAUACAUAUUGUGCAGAUGUAAAUCUUGUAAUUAAUGGUCAAAAUGUAUACAAAGGGAUUGGUAGUCAAAACAUGUACAAAGAAAUAAUUGUAAAGCUGUUGUGUCUAAUGUUUUAUUGGACCAAAGUUGUAGUUUGUAUGGAGUGUAGUAGUAAUGUGUUCAGGUAGCAAAACUUCUAAAUAAGGCAUGCAUGUGUUUGAGUUAGCUUGUUUUCAUCACCAGAAUUGUAAAGGUUGUGACUUAGUUGUAUUGCAUGCUUCCUAUAAUUUAACUCUCCAUAAGCGAUGCCUAAAGUAGUGUAGGGUGUUUCAUGCCAGUCUCGUGGGGUAGUACCUGUGACUCACUAUGCUGGACACAUAGCUCUUUUUUCAUCUCGCAGUAGAAGCUAUUCCCCCUCCCAAAAUGCCUUUGAAUGAAAAUUCUGAAAUUGUAAAUGUCUAUUUUAAUACUCAAGUAUGAAAGAAUCUGUGAAUAUAUGUAAAUAUGUUUAAUAAAUUUUAUUGGUCAUGUUAAA